CCAAAAUCCACAGAUAAUUGCUGAUCUGACGUCGUAUCUAUUUUCCGCAAAUGGUGGUCCAGGUUUCUGUUUCGUGGUCGUCGUUGGGUUUCUGUCCGAGUGGCGAGUUUCAGAAACGCUGCAGUCUCCAACUACAAAGUACAUAUUUGCAGGCAAUCAUUCAGGGAUUGUACGAUUGAUAUGUUCUUCCAAUGGACGAGUCUGCGAAAUGCGGCUUUCUUUCUGGCGACAGGCUUCCCACUAUCUCAGCGUCCCCGGGUCUGACGGACGAUCCUGAAGAUGCGAAUCCACCUUCGAAAGCAGCAGUGAGAAAACAGGAUCGUUUAUGGUGGAUAUUUCUCUCGAUCACUGCCGGUGUCUUCUUCCUCUCUGUCGUUGCUUUUAUUCUGUCUUUUUCCCCGUCGUCAUCUGUGCCGUCGAGACUAUGCAAGAAUCCCACUGUCCGGCGGGAAUGGAGGACGCUGGACCGAAGUGAAAAGUUGGCGUAUAUAGAAGCAGCCCGCUGUUUGACUGAAUCGCCAUCCACGAGGCGAUCAGAGACUACAAUCCAUGACGACUUUGUGUUCCUCCAUAGUCGUAUCGGAAACUACUCUCACAAUGCCGCGCCUUUUCUCCCGUGGCAUCGAUAUUUCAUUCAUCUGUAUGAGCAAGCGCUGCACAAGCACUGCAACUAUAGUGGAGUUCUACCGUAUUGGAACUGGUCUUUAGAUUGGGAGGAUCUAAGCAAGUCCCCGGUCUGGGACAAUGAGACUGGAUUUGGAGGAAGCGGAUCUGGUGCUGAAAGCGUUGCUAACGGCCGCUGUGUUCUCGACGGACCCUUUGCAGGAGCUCAGGCCGCCUACUAUGAGGGGAAUUAUCACCCUCACUGUCUUUCUAGAGGCUUCCUCGCCGAUGAAGUGAUCCGAAGGGUCGGAAGACUGACCGUCCAGCCGGCGAUACUGAACCGAGUAUUCGAAGAGCAGGAUUAUUAUGACUUUCUACUCAAGGUGGAACAGGCCUCUCACCUAACGAUCCCCUAUAUUGUCCAGGGUGAUUUCUCCAAGGUCACCGCGCCAAAUGACCCCGUCUUCUUCCUUCAUCAUGGCCAGGUUGAUCGCGUAUGGUGGAUCUGGCAACAGCGUCACCAUCGCGAUGGAAACCCCUUAGGGGGUUACGAUGGGAUUUCACGAAAUAACUCUACUGUUUCCGCGCACAUAACAGAUAUGCUCGAUUUCGACGGCUUCGCAUCUGAUGUCAGUGUCGAUGAUGUGAUGGAUACGCAGACAGGGAUCUUGUGUUAUCAAUAUGAUGAAUUACUAUGACUAGCUUACAUGAAGAUAAAAAAAAAAUAACUAUAUAAUCCCAAGUCCCAAAGCUCUUUACUAUCCAAAUUAUCUAUCAGACAUUCUAUUAUCUUAUUAUCAACAUGUCUCACACACACAUGCAGCUGAUCAGCGGUUUUUGAUGAUUAUG